CAGGCCUAGCACAGGCUCUUUAACUACUCCGCUUCUGCCGUGACUUGACUAUCACCACCACUCAGCCCCGAUAGAAUUACCGAUAAUGGCCCACGACCAGGCCACGUCCAUGUUCAUGGGCCUACCGCUGGAGGUACGACAUCACAUCUUUGAGCUCGCGGCUGCCCGUGACUUCAAGCCUAAGAAGCUGCUCCGCUACUGGUUCGAGAAGAAGGAAGUCGAGGAGCUCAUUGCGAAACAAGCUGCAGCCAACUCUAACGGACCGAUUCCGCGAGUUGUACACAGCAACGAAGACUAUGAACAGGACAGUGAAGUAGCCGACGAGAACGCCGAAGAUCAAGAUCAAGAUCAAGAUGAUGAGGACGAGGAGGAAGACGACGAGGCCAAUGAAGAACAGGACAGCGAGCCUGCGGACGAAGAGGACGACGAGGGCAUGGACCAAGAUGGUGAAGAGCAGCUUGCUGAAGUGGACACCCAGGACGAGAUGGAGGGCAUGGAUGCCGGUCAAGGCACCCAGAUUCCCGCCUCAGCACACGUUCAAACCCAAGCUGCGGCUCAUGGCGAGGAUGACCCCGAACAGUCUGAAGCGGACAUCGAAGAUGGCAUCGAGGAAGGUCUUGCUGAAGAGGGAGAGGGCGAGACCGAGGAUCAAGGUACCCAAAACGAUGGCGACGAAGACGGCGAUCAGGCAAUGGCUGAUGACGAUGGUGAAGGAGAGGCUGGCGAGGACGAAAAUGACGAACAGGACACCAGUAUUACGGCUCCACCUCCUCCCGCUCGAGUGCCGAUGGUUAGGGCUCAGCGAAAGUGGCGCUAUAUCCCCAAGUUCAUGCGCCUCACUCACUGUCCACCUCCAAUCGAGCUGCUCUUGACCUCGAAGCAGCUCAAUGACGAAGCUAAGGAUUGGUACUACGAUGUUGCCGUGCUCCGUAUCGAGGCCACCGGCAGCUUCGCUCAUACGUCCUUCUACGAAGAGGCCUUCAGCCAAAUCACCGAGGCUGCUUUCUCACCCAUGGAGAACAUCCGCAAAGUCGAAGUGACGUUCGUCUGGGACACGACCUGGAUCCGCGCCGAUACAACGGGCUGUGUAGCCGCCAUCUUCCCAGCUCUACUUCGUCAGCGCGCCACCUUUGUCUACCAAAUUCUCAAGCAGGCCCCCGACCUCAAGGAGGUGGUCAUUCAUUGGCACGACUCUGCCCAGGACAGCGAGAGCGCCAACCUGAGAAUUGACGUGCUUGGGCCUUUCGACAACCUCCCGGCUACCGUCCAGAUUGUCAAACACUACAUCCCUGCAGAUUCGAAGCCGUACAAGCGGAGCAUUGCUGGCAAGCAACGGGUGGAGUUUCAGAAAAUCCUUGACAUGGGCCUGGAUCGACUUUUUUAAGCUUCAGCUUGGCAGAGUUCGUGUGCUUCGUCAAGGUCUUUAUGUGCUCAACAUGCAUGUACUUUUCGGAAGCGGUAGGCACGACAUCUCCCUAAGACUCUUCACAUUACGGUUCUUCGGCGGGCAUCCAUUUUCGUCACCUUCUUAGACGUCUAUUAAGGGGGUUUUUGAGCCGAAUUUGCUCGGCGUUCAUAGUACGUGGAUACUCACUACUCAUUGCGUAUCGAUCUAGGAUACCCGAAUGGAAUGGGAUGGGAAUGGGC